GCAGCAACAGAAGCAACAGCAGAAGGCCCCGGAGGUUGGCCAUAAUUUCUGCCAUCGCCAGUCAUUCAUUCGCUCGUCAGCAACAGUGCGAAACGGUUUGGUGUCCAAGCGCGCGCGGUUUUCUGGAGACUUUGGAGUUUUUUUUUGUGUUGGGGGCUAGAAGUUAAUUGGUUGCCGAAAUUUCGCCUGUGAAAAGUGCAAAUUAGUGCGUGUCACGACGAGUGAUUAAUGAGUUUUUUUUGUGAAAGGAAAAUAAAAGGAAAAUUAACACAGGAAGACAUUAAGUGAAUGUGGAUGAAAGGAAGCAUGAAGAAUUUCGUUGGUCGUACCGGAUUGUGAAGCACUUCAAAUGAGUGCAGUCGGUCCAGUUCCGGUGCAUGGAUACAACGAACAAACAUCAUCAAUCAUCUCAGCAACAGUCUCAUCCGGAACAACCGCAACAGCAGCAACAACAGCCAUCGGUUCCACGGCCAAAGCAACCCCGGCUUGAGCCACCUUCACCAGCCGCUGCAGCACCUACUGCGGGCAGUGCUCCAGUUCCUGCGACACCCACAUCAGCUGUUGAGCGCCGACCUGCGCUUGGGGUCAUCCCCGAACUACCACCUCCGUGUUCCAACGGAUUCCACCGCCACCACCAACUCCAUCAAUACCACCACCAGGCAUUUGUGGCCCUUCCUCCGCUUCUUGCCGCCGGAAAACCACCCCCACCGACGACACUCCAAAAUCCCCGCGGAAUCGUCGUUGAACCUCCUCCUCCUCCUCCUCCGGUCACUGGUGGCCACCAUCAGCAUCCCCCGCAGCAGUCCUUCUCCCUGUACAAGACAAUCAACACGGUCAUCAAGAGUGGCCGCAAGAUCAUCGUCCGCGUGUGCGAAGUGACCAAUGUGAAAACCAAACUCAAAAUGUUCAACCUCUACUCGACGAUGAACAAGCGCAACGGCGCCGAGGAGAAGGAAGCCCGCGUCAUGGAGACGACCGGCCACGACCGGUUCUGCCAGGAGCGGCCCUCGAGGGAAUGCAGUUGCAUGGAACUGGCCGAUUUCCACCCGAUCCAUUGCAUGCGUGGUCGGUCCAGCUACCGGCGCAAAAAGAGGAAAAUGAGACGCGCUCAAUCCGCGGCGGAGUUCAACGAUGCUCGCACCGAGCUGCCGGCCCCCUCAGCAGCCAGCAAGAGGAUGUUGUUCAGGGGCCGCUCGGUCAGCUCGGACCACGACCAAAACUCGGAAUCGGAACAUACGGAGCGGUCGCCGCUGGUCAGCGCCAAGCUGGACUCGCUGGCCAAGCUGCUGUUCAGCCGAAGUCUGAUGGCGGAAGGAUCCGGUGGCUUGAUCGGCGGUGGCGGCGGCAGCGGAAGUGGCGGAACCUCCACCAAAGACAAUGACUCGCCGACAAGGCACAACGUUCGCUAUCAGUACACCGCCCUGGACAGUGGCAUCGGCGCCCCAGAUCGGAGCCCGCGGGAGCGAGCGGCACGGGACCGGGCCUUCACGGCCUGCCAGGAUUGGCUGCAGCACACGGGCGGCCGGUACGAGUCGAUAGCGCACCUAGAUGACAUCGGGUCCCGGCCGAGCAAGCACUGGUUUCUGCUGAAUGAUUGCACGAUACGCACGGACCGGCUGAUGACGCUGCUACCCCUACCCGCCGACUGCAUUGCCUUCGAAGAGUUCCAGGGUGGCGGAGGCCAGUCCGAGUGUCCCCAAGGAAUCCUGAUGGAACUGCUCGGAUCGCUGCAGCAUCCUUACAUCUACCCGGUGCUCGAUCUGGGCUUCUUCCCGACCGACGCCCAUCACUACGCGUGUCUCGUGAUGCCCUUCAACCCCCGUGGCAGUCUGAAGGAUCUCAUUUAUAAGUCCCAGUGGAACGAACCAUGGAGUCGUAAAUAUACGCGGAAAUCCACCUGCCUGCCCCUGUCCCAGGUACAACGAUUAGGACGUCAAAUUUUAGAGGCUUUGUUAUUUUUAAGGGAACGCGGAAUACCGUCGCACGGCCACCUGCACAGCGGCAACGUGAUCCUGCAGAACGGCGUGGCCAGAUUAUCCGGCCUGGAGAACGGACUGCUCGGGCUCAACUCGCGCGUCAACGCCAUCGUGUGGUCCCGCUCGGCCCCGGACAUUGACAACAUCGACGUCGUCUGCUUCGGCCACUUGCUGUUCGAGAUGUGCGCCGGGUACGAGCUCACGUCGCCCCAGCCGACCCCGGGCCACUAUCAGCUCGAUCUCGAGCGCUACCCACAGGUCGUCGACGUGCUGCAGAUGAUAUUCGAGUCACCAGAUGGGCGCUAUCCAACCGUCGAAGAACUGGUCCUUUGUGAUAUAUUCCGCAAUAUCGAUUUAAGAGAACUGCGAGGAACAUGUGUGCCUUCCUUUAAACAUGGUUUGAGUAGCUCGACGCUGAGCCUGCUGAACGCCGUACGGAGACGACAAGGUGCGAUACUAAGUGGAUCAUACAGCGAGGGCAGCUCGCCGUGCACGCCACCGUCGACGCCACGUGAGCGGAAAACCGGUGACGUAGAAUCCUCCGAUCUGUCUAGUAGUGAUUCCGAAGAUCUGUUAGAUGAAAUAGUUAUAGCAUCAGCCCGCAUCGACGAUCCCGCCCAUUACGACCCGUUGGCCUCGCCGAUACAUUACUGUGACAAUAACGUUGUACAGUCGUCGGACGAUAACAGCAAUAGUAACAACAACACAAUCAUUCGUAUAGAUUCGAUCGAGUCGCAGGGCUCGACGUCGUCGUCCACUGGGUCGAUACAGCUGCAGCAGCUGAAUCCGUCGUCCGCGUUCACAAAUCUCAAAUCGCGCCGCAUGGAGUACAGCCGGCGUGGGAUGAUCCUCGGGCUGAGCAACCCGUCGCAGGACUCCGCCUUUGGUUCGAUGACCGACGGCGAGUCGUCCCGUGCGUCCAGCUUUAAGCUGAGCAGCUUCGCCUCGAUGAACUCGCCGAUCGACGAGGGCGUCGAGGAUCUGCUGGUGGAGGGGGCUGCUUCAACUUCUGCUGCGCCACAAGUUCCGGAAUCGAUCGCCACCACGAUGGCGGGGCUGAAGUACAUCGAUUCGGCGGGAUCGUCACCGUGUCACGAUCACCACGCUCACGCCUCGUCAUCGCGAGACAUUUCGCCGAAUCACUCCGCGUCGUCACGGUACCUGGAACCGCCGAAGCUGAUCAUCAACAAUCACUCCUCGUCGACGACCAACACGUCGCUGUGCUACACCUCGUCACCGCUGCGGAAAUGUGCCACGACGGAGGUCUUUUCGCAAAAGUAUCGCGUGUCGUCGUUCGAGGACAUGUCCUACUCGUCCCGGGUGGCGCAAAAGUCCAUCAAGAACAGCAGCCGCAAGAUAUUCCGGUCGUUCGAGGAGGAACGCCGCAUCGACUCCGCCUUCAUGCCCAUCGACACGACCCGCUCGACCAGCGUCAGCAGCCGACUCAGCCAACAACUCAAGCAGCAACGUCAAGCGUCCCCAUCGUCGCCGUCGUUGCAGCAUCAACUCUCGUUACCACCGCUGUUGACACCGACGUCCCCCAAGCAGCUAAUGCCACCCGCUCAAUACAAUCAACUCACGAAGAAGAAGAAGAACGCCUCGUUCCAGAACCUCCAAAGCAUUGCCGGAUCGUCGCGGGACCGAGUCUGCCAGUGGCGGAACAAACUGAUCAAAUCGAACGAAUGUCUGUUUGAAACUUCCUUCAACAUGUCUCCAUCGUCGACGACCCAGAGCGAGAUCGACCGACUCCUCAGCCACGGCAGCUCAACCCACGAACUGCCCACGAGCACCGGAAGCGCCGUCGAAGUCGAACGGUUCAUCCUGACGCCGGAACCGGUCGUCGUCGCCAGCAAUCCCACGCCCCCCUCAUCCCGAGGAACUCGCGCCGACCGCCAGCAGCAGUUCAGCCUGGCCAAGUUCAAGCACAGCACCAUCCUGGACAGCAUCUCGCUGGAGGACUUUUCCGAGCCAACGACGACCAGCUGCUCGAACUCGACCGAAAUCGAAGCCCGCAAGCUGGAGAGCUCCUCGACGGACGACACUAGCGAUCAGGACAGCAGCAGCGUUACGGACUCGCUGCUCAAGUCACCCCUGCUCGGCGGCCGGCGGAGCGCCUCGGACGUGCGCAAGUAUCUGGACGAGGGCGGUGCCGGCACCGGAAGUGAAGCGGGUAGUGGCUUCGGCAGCGGCAACGAGGAGAAGACGCCCCUGCUCGAGGGCAUGGAGCUUUCGCCCAUCUCACCAACUGAGUCGGAACAAAUGUUGUGAUAAUAUAGUAACUCUGUAAACUAUUUUUCUACCGAUUUUAAUUCUGUUCAAUAUGAGGUACUAGUCUAGGGAAAUGAAGAAAAUAGAGAAUCAAAUCUAAUUUUAGCAAAUAUUAACAAUUUAAACAAGAAAAAAAGAUCCAAAAAACAGAAUGAAAAAAAGUGUUCCGCUCUACAGAAGAAAAAAAAAGAGGAAACGAAAAAAAAUCACCCACACUCACACAGUCACACGAGAAACAUACAGGUCUUUUAGGGAAUUUUUAGUCAAAUAUUCUCUAUAAAUUACAAGCUAGCAACCAACAAAAAAAAACAAGCGAAAUUCCAGUAACCAGCGCGUCGUGACGCGUCGUCGUCGUUGAUGUUCACUAAAAAGGGGCGUAAUAAUGAAAACUUAAAAGGUAGCUCAAUUUUACCACGAAACACUGCAAUAACUAACUACCGGAACUAGGACUUUAACGAUUGGUUCGCACUCUCGAUUAGGUUGGAUCAGCGGAGGUCGCUUCGAAAAAUGUUUUUUUUUUUUGUAGUCAGAUCACAUAUUGAAGAACUGGCAACUCUGUCUUGAGUUAUGAGCACAUACCUGAAUAAUCUUUAAGUAAGAUUUCAAGACCAAAUGUCAUAAAUUUGCUUGAAAGCGAUUUUUGGAAUUAUCUUAAUAUCAACCUGCAGAUAAAUAUCUUGAAGACUUUUUUAAUUAAUCAGAAAUGACGAAGAUCUGGCAACCCUGUUGCUAGAUAUAAGUACUGAAAACUCGUGCAGCUUAUCUAGUUUGUAUUUUGUAGUACUGUUGUUCUUCGUAAUUUUAUCAUUUUAUUGGUCUAAUCGUAAUUUUAUCAUGUUAUUAAUAAGGCCCUUUUUUGGUUAUUCCUGGCCAAUAUUUGGAAAUUUUCACAAAAACUUAAGAGCGAGUUUUUCACCGAUGUGAAACAGGUCGUAUCGAGGUGCUCCGAUUUGGAUGAAACUUUCAGCGUUUGUUUGUCUAUACAUGAGAUGAACUCAUGCCAAAUAUGAGCCCUCUACGACAAAGGGAAGUGGGGUAAAACGGGCAUUGAAGUUUGAGGUCCAAAACACAUGAAAAAUCUUAAAAUUGCUCGCAUUUCCGUAAAACUUCAUCAAUUCCAACUCUCUACGAUGCAUUCAAAUGGUCUUUCGAAGCCCUUCAAAAUGUGCUAUAGACAUCCAGGAUUGGUUUGACUUUUUCUCAUAGCUUUUGCAAAUUACUGUUAAAAAUGGAUUUUUUUAAAACCUUAAUAACUUUUGGCAACAGCCUCCAACACCCAUACUCCCAUAGGUCAAAAGUUAUGGAAUUUCAUGGUCUAUAAGCCUACGGUAUUAACUUUUUGGCCAAUCGCAGUUUUUCUCAUAGUUUUACGAUUUUUGUAGAACAAACAUUUUACAACGUUAGUUUUUGCUCUGUAGGCCUCCAUAGCGGCACUUUUUGGUCUCAAUUUUGACAUAUUCGGAAUCCUCAAAAAAAUUUACAUAAGAUUGAGGUGUUGGAAUUUUGAAUUUGAUUGGAAAAAAUGGCAUUUAGAAUUAAUUAAAAUAUUAUUUAGAAUUUUGUCGGAUUAGGGGUAAACAAGUUUUCGCCUACUUGAUACAGCAUUUGACGUAUUGAUCAUAGGGUAAAUAAGAUCUAUUUCUUUUUUCAAAAAUGUUUUAUUUAAUUAUUUUUUAAAUCAAAACUACAACUCCAAUACUUCUAACUUACGUGAAAUUGACCGAGGAUUUCGAAUAUGACAAAAUUGAGACCAAAAAGUGCCGUCUUCUUGGCCUACAGGGCAAAAACUAACGUUGUAAAAUGUUUGUUCUACAAAAAUCGUAAAACUAUGAGAAAAACUGCGAUUGGCCAAAAAGUUAAUACCGUAAGCUUAUAGUCCAUGAAAUUACCUAUCUUUUGACCUAUGGGAGUAUGGGUGUUGGAGGCUGUUGCAAAAAGAUAUUAAGGUUUUAAAAAAAUCAAUUUUUAACAGUAAUUUGCAAAAGCUAUGAGAAAAAGUUAAACCAAUCCUGGAUGUCUAUAGCACAUUUUGAAGGGCUUCGAAAGACCAUUUGAAUGCAUCUUAGAGAUUUGGAAUUGAUGAAGUUUUACGGAAAUGCGAGCAAUUUUAAGAUUUUUCAUGUGAUUUGGACCUCAAACUUCAAUUCCCGUUUUAGCCCACUUCCCUUUGUCGUAGAGGGCUCAUAUUUGGCAUGAGUUCAUCUCAUGCAUAGACAAACAAACGCUGAAAGUUUCAUCCAAAUCGGAGCACCUCGAUACGACCUCUAGAACAAACCGAGCAGAAUCUACAAAUACUGCCUCUUAAAUCUAAUUACUUAUAAAUUAAAUAAAUUGACUACGCCUUCCUACAAAACAGAAAAUAAACAAAAUUGGCGCAUUAAAGUUAUAAUUUACAUUUGUGAGCCGUCAAGAUCUAAUUUUUCUUAGAUUCUAAUCUAAUUCUAAUCUAAUAAAUACUUAACAUAAAAAGCGAAUUAUCCAGUUUUAAGAUUAUACCUUUGAUUAACUAGUCCAAGUAGUCAUAUCUCCGGAUCGGCUGAACCAAUUUCAGAUCCAAAAUAGUGAAAAUCCAUAAACAGGAAUCUGAAAUAGAGGUAGGCAAAACCGCUCUUUUUUAGGAGCCGCUCAUUUUCGUUCGCUCUUUUGAAUGGUUCUUUCGCUCUUUUUCAAAAUUUGGAUGAAAGGGGUUUUUUCAAGAAUCGUGUGAUUUUAUAAGUUAUUUCACAUUGGACUUUUAUAAAUUGGGCUGUAACAAACAUUUUUUGAAGUUUAUUAUGUCCCUCAACUCUGGCCAAAGCAGCAAAAAAAAUUUCAAGCCAUGGUAUAAACAUUUUAAUGAAAAAAGAGUUUUAAAAUGCAUUUUACACAUCCCCAAUUGCAUUGCAAUCAUUAGAUUUCAAAAUAUCGAAGUAUUGAUGAACUUAUUUUUUAAGCCAAAAUAAAACUUUUUGCAUUACUGUGCAAACGGAAUUUCACAAAAAUUCAAAAUAUUUUUGAUCGAUCCCAAAAUGCUUUUUAUUUUGUUUUCUGUUGAUAAGACUUCUGUUUCCAUUAAAAUUUGUAAGUUUUUUGAAAAAAAUAUUGUAUUGCCGCCUGAUUUUUUGGACCGCUUUUGAAGGGGAGGGGUGACAUAAACUUUGAAAAAUGUUUGUAACGGCCGAGGGGCGGGACAAUAGUAAAAAAUUAAAUAAUUUAAUUAAUUAACUGGCGAAAUUAAUUAAUUAACGAUUGUUUUCGAUCAAAACAUCGCCACCUCUUUUUGCACCACAUUGAUUUGACAGUUUGACGGUUUGACAUUGCGCACGAUUGUUGUUGUGUUUGGUGCAAUUUGUUUGUCGCCGAAAAGUCGGUCUAAUGGGAGAAUGCAUUCUCCCGGUGGUGGCGGUUCAUGGUAAGAUCACUACGGUGGACAUUACGGCGGCGGAGAAGGCUGGUUCUACAACCACAACCAAGGUGGUUGCCACAAAAAUCGCAACGGAGUUGGCGGUGGUGGACACCCGGAUCAGCAGCAGGAUAUGUUUCUCCAGAUAAGCGUUUGAUUGCGGCGGGAGAUUGUGACUUCGGUGAAUCGUGGCACAAUCCGGCAGGUUUUCCUCCAUUUUUGUGUGUAUAUAAAUUAUACUUACUCGUUUCAGAAUCAAUUGCCACCCAAAGAGUUUCCGAGAAGGAGGGCAGCCAUCCUGUCGGCAAACCUGGUUCGAUGAUCACUUCAACGAUGAUGUUUCGCAGCAGCAGCACCACCACCACUACCAGUAAAGGAGGGGUAACUGGAACAAUGGUCCUCGGGUGGUCCUAGAAUUUUCGUGAUAACCGUCAGCCGAAGAACGACCCUGACGGUCAACGGGGUCGGAUGUGGAAGAGGACAGUCUGCUCCGAAAACGCGCCAACAAGCCGAACGACCUUCUGCUGGACGAGUGCUGCAUCCUCCCGAACCGGGUGCGCAUCGCCCAGUUGCAGUCAGGCAUCAGUCGGUAGUUAAAGGUACUUAACGACCGCUCGAAUAUCGCAUCACGGUGGCCAGAAUAUGGUGAAUGAAAUUGCUUUGAAAUAUAAACUAGGGUUUAAAACAACUUGUAUUUAUUUAUAACAAUGGGACAAUCGCGUACGCUUCGUACUCCCCCGAUCGGUUCAGCCUGCCACGAUGGUGUUGCAUCUUUUUCUGGUUCUGCUGGUAAUUUUGCAGUUUUUGGGCUGCUGCUGACAGGGAUUCUGACCCUGCUGCUGCUGUUGAUGAUAACGGUGCUGAUUCAACACCGGAUGAUUUUGCUGAACCUCCUGAACCAGCCGCUGGUUGAAGUUCAACGGCGGCAACCAUGUUAAACGCCGGAGGAAAGUUUACUGGAAUCGUAAACGUCGGCUGGUUCGUUAUGCCGGUAAUUCGUCCGCCAAAAAGAUACGCAUCUAAGCGGGUUUCGACAACGGAAAGUUUGGCUGAAGACCGAUGAAGAAACCACCUACAAUAAACAUAAAAUUAAUCAACAAUCUCCCAUCAUUCAAAAUCCCCUCCUUACUUUUCUCCCCGCUGCUGCAAUUUCUCCAAAUGAUGCUGCUGCAUUGCCGGAUGUGACGUCGGAUGCUGCGUUUCUAGCAUGUUCGGCAUCAUCAACACGUUCAGAUCCAGCUGCAACCUCGCUUCCCUCUGUUUCAACCGGACUAAAUCUUCGUGCACUCUUCCCGGUCGUUCAGUUCGUCGAACUCCAAAUCGUCCGGCAUACUGCCGAUGCCUUCGCCUCCGCAAUCCUCCACUAGAUGCGUGUCGAAGCAAAAGAAUGGUGGCACCUCGAAUCGCAAGUUUUCAUAAAAAAUCCUAAUUAAACUCGCGGCAUAUUUUCUUUCUAAAACUAAAUCAAAACAAACUUGACAGUUCUGCCAGCGAAAGUGACACGAGGCAAAUCAAUGUUUUCAAAGCAGGUGUGGUGCUGUCAAAUAUUAAAUGACGCGAGAAAUUUAAUUCCUUAAUUAAUUAAACGCGAAAAUUAAUACAUUAAGGCCAAUGUCACGCCCCUCGGUAACGGCCAUAUUUGAUGAAUAAAAUAAAUAAAUCUGAAAACGAGAAGAUGACCUUGAAAACCAUUUUGGUGGUCUCUAUGUUAAGAUUUCUACUCAAAACUAAAAAUUCGAGUAAUUGAAUGGCAUCCAAACUGAAAUCUAAGAUGCUGGAAAAAAUGCUAUUGAUUUUAAAAUUGCGUUUAUUUCUGAAAGACUAAUGCUGAUAUUUUAUUUGGAGAAAAUAUUAUGAGAACUCGUCUCUACAUUAGCGUGGCUCACGGAUAUAUGAAAAAGACAAAAGUGUUCAAUUUUGAACGCCUCGGCCGGUAUUUUGUAGCAUUAUAGUCCCAGAAGCUAGCCUGAAAUUUUGAGCGCAUUUGGUUAAUGUUUAGUUGUUCCACUCUUGACUUGAAGUUAUAAAGAAAUUUUAAUAAAUUUAAUUUAUUUAUUUUCAACUGUUUAACACUUCAUCGCAAUCUUCCUAUGCCUUAUGAAUUUUUCUCAAAAUAGAGGUUUCUCAUAGGUUUUAAUCCGGGGAACAUCCUUGUAGAACAUCACAUAGCGCUAAGAAUUAAUCCCGGAAAUAUACAGACAAAUUUUUAAAGCACGUUAUAUUUUUUUCCAUACUCCAAAAAAUAUCCUGUACCUUUUCGGGAUGAAUUCCUAGCGCUUUGCGAUGUUUUACAAAAUUGAUCCCCAGAUCAAAACCUAUAAGAAUCCUGAGAAUAGAAAAAUUUGAUUGGAUUUUGGGGAACUUUCUCUAAGAAGAGGUUAAAAGCGAAAAUUUCCCAUAGGUAAUUUUGAGAUGUUCCAUAUAAACUUCAGGUCAAUGAUGGAAGUACUAAACCUUAACCAAAUGCGCUCAAAAUUUCAGGCUAUGUUCUGGGGCCAUAUUGCUACAAAAUUCCGGUCGAGGCGUUCGAAAUUGAACACUUUUGUCUUUUUCAUAUAUCCUUGAGCCACGCUACUCUACAUUCGGAUUUAAUAAAUAAGGUCUAUAAACACUAACGUUUAAUCGGACAAAAUGAUUAUUUUGACAAAUUAUGCUUUUUUUUACUUCAUUUUGUUUAGAAAAUCAUUUACUUUUGGGAUUAAAUUUUAUAAACAUUGAAAUUUUUGAACUUGAAUUUUCAAUUCUCAAAAACAAAUUUAAUACCACAUUUUUUGGAAAUUCAAUAACUUAUAUUUGUAACAAAAAUCAUUCCAUCUUGAGCCGGUUCUUUCAAAAGACCGGAGUUUGAAAAAGGACCGCGGUUCUUUUUUAUGUGAGCCAUGGUUCAUUCGCUCUUUUCAGUGAACCGGCUCUUUGAGCGGUUCGCUCUUUUUUUGCACACCUCUAGUCUGAAAAUAUAUUAAAUAUCAGAUUUUUUGAAAAAAUAUGCAAACAAUUGAAAAAGUGACUGUAAAAACAUGAACAUGAAUGACCAUGAACUUCAAAGGAUAGGAGAUGGUAGAAUAAGCCAAAAACUAUCAAAAACAAACAUAAACUUAGCAAGAUAAAUUCAAAACUCCAAAAAUGGAACAAGAAAUACAUCAAACAGGAAAAUAUUUUUAUUAAUACAGCAAAAGCUGCUCAACCUACCUCCUGAGUACGGAAAAAAAUAAAAAAUCGGAAAAAUAAUUUGGGCAUUGAAGGGUUAAUGCAACAAAUUCCGAAAUAUUUUUUUUAAUCAUUUCUCAGAAUUCACUUAAAGUUUCAGGAGAACUUUCUCAGUGACCAAAAUGACCAUCAUUGAGCCGUAAAAAAACUACAUGCAAUUUCAGCAGUUGAUUUGGAUUGUAUGGAAAUGUUUUAAACAAUUUUCACACUUCGUGAAAAAAAAAAAUUGUUGAGAUUAUCAAGAUUGUUUGAUACUUCAUGGACCUGACUGUUUUCAAAGGUGUAUAAAUUUUAAUUUAAAAUAUCACUUCUAACAGAAAAUUAAAUCGUUGUUCGAAGUCUCAGAGAAUUCCCAAAUCCAAAAAAAACAGUAGACUGAAAAAAAGAAGCAAAAGUUUGUCAAAUUUAAUAUUUCUAGAACAAGCUCAUUUCAAAAUGACUAUCGGAAGAUCCAAUCUAAUCUGGAUGGCUACGAACCAAUCUCCCAUUAAUCUCUCAUGUACAAUUCACUCUAGCGGAAAUCUUAGACUCAGAAUCAAUUUAACGAACGAAAUCGACAAACUCACACAUUCUUUACUUUCUUAGACAUCUUUCUCAAAAGCAAGACAUUAAAAAAUUCAAACCAGAGCAAGCUUAAAAUAAGUAACGAUUUCCAAAACGAAAAACAAAUAAAGAAGAAAAGUCAAUCAAUUACAGUAAAAAAACACAGUUUUCAAACAAUAAAAUAAAUGAUAAAUGGAGAAAUCGAGCGAUCUUUAAUCGGAUAAGCCUGAAAUAGCUGUAAAUCUAGUCCUUAAUAGAGUCGUUUUUUGAAAGUCAAGUCCACCCAAAAAUACAAAAUCAAACACAGACACACACCCAUACUCCGACGUACGUACGCAUAAGUUUUCGUGAUCGAGUUUCGAGAUGAACACAAAACGGGAUAAUAAGUAAAAAAAACGUACAUAUUAGACAGAGAGGAUGAAUACUACUCGCGCGGUAUCAUGAUUGUUAUGAUUUUGAUGAGUCUAUUCAAUAAAAAAUGAGGAAAAUAAGUUAGACAUCCAGCAAAAACAGAAACUUGAACAAAGUCAAAUGUUAUGUAUAGUGUGGAUCGGGAGCAAAUCUCGCCGAUAUAAUAUGCCAAAAUGAAACCACUUCAUCAAACAAUGAUACAACAAAUCUCACAUUUUUCAAACAAAAACAACAACAAAACGAAAAAAACAAGCCAUCCUCAAUUCAACAAUCAUUCCCAGCAUCGCAGAGCAUUAAUGGAGUUGCCUCGAAGCUUUUUCCCCCUUUUCCCCAACGCAGUUUAUGCUGGCCUCUUUAAGCAGUAAGCAAACAUAACUUCCUGAUAACACUUUUAAAAAAUUAGGGAGGAAUUAUUCCAUGAUAAAUAAACAUACACACACAACCUUAAGCCGUCCCAAAAUGAGAUCAAUUACUUUAUCGCUCCAUCGUUUGCGUCUCUCUAAAUCUUGACGAACAACAAAAAAAAAAGAAAAAAUCUUCAUUUCUUGCAUUUGUAUCUUGCGUGGUUAAUGAAGCUAAAGAGCGAGCGAUAUAUUAUAUGAAAUAUAUAGAACUGAUGUGCACAUAAGUUGGUUAAGAAUUGUUUGCAAGACAGCUUUUUCUAAUAACUUAAGACACUUUUUAUGUCAACGCUAGGUGAGAAAUGGUACAAUUGUGAGUAUUCCCAUACUCUCACAAACAAUUAAUGAUAAAGCAAACAAAAAAUUGAAGCUGGAUAUUCAAAAUCAACUAAGAGAUAAACAAACAAAUGUUACCACGAAAUGUUUUAAAGAUUUUAACAUCAGACACAAACAAACACAUUCAAACUUUAACGUUAAAAAGUGAGAGCAGAAAAAUAUGAACAAAAAAAAAACUAUCAUAAACACAAUAGAAUUCAUUGAAACAAACAUAUAUAGCGCUAUCUACAACAAUAGAUUUAAUUUUUCGGGUCCAAACCACA